UGUAUUUUUCCGAACAGAAAUCAAAGAGUCCUAAAAUAAGAGUAGAAUCCACUUUAUACGCUAUCUAAUUCUCUUGAAGACUGUUUAUCCAUUGAAAGGCAUAUGCAUCAUUUCUUCAUCAACUUAUUUGGACAAAAUUCUAUCGAAAUUGUGUACAAAUAUUACGGUUGAUUCGAAAAUAAAAACUUUUUAAUUGAAUGCUGAUGGUCGCAUAUGGAAACAAAAUUUUCUGGAAGACACGUCAAAGCAAAGAACCCAUUUAUGUUGAUGACUUGAUGUUUUUACAAGUAAAGUAUAAGAUACGAGUUAAACAGAGCAUUUUGAUCUAUAUGAUUUAUAUUGGUAAUGGUGGAAUAAAUUCCAAAAAAUGUGCCGAUCAGCUUACUAAUCGAAAACCACUAUAAUAUUUUGUUAUUGGUUAACUAAAAUUUUUUCAUCAUUCUAUUAUAAUUCGAUAUUCAGAGACUUAAAAAAUUCUAUAAGCUUUCAAAAUGACCAUUGGAGCUACAGUUUUAGUCAUUGGAGGUGGAGGUAGAGAACAUGCCAUUUGUUGGAAAAUUUCUCAAUCUUUACAGGUACAAAAAAUUUAUGUAUCACCAGGAAAUAGUGGAAUUGCGAAUGUUAAUAAAGUCCAAUUAGUUCAAUUAAACGUUAAAGAUAAUAAAGAAGUUGCAGAGUGGAGUAAAAAACAUAAAGUAAACUUAGUAGUCGUUGGUCCGGAAGAAUAUUUAGCAAAUGGUUUAGCCGAUGAAUUAUGCAAAUAUCAUAUUCAUUGCUUCGGUCCUAGAAAAUUAGCCUCUCAAAUAGAAGCAAAUAAAGAUUGGUCUAAGUCUUUUAUGGACAAACAUGGAAUUCCUACAGCCCGAUGGAAAGCUUUUAAAUCAGCUGAAAAAGCUAAAGAAUUUAUUAUUGAUUCUCCUUUUAAAGCUCUUGUGAUUAAAGCAACAGGUUUGGCAGCAGGAAAAGGAGUUAUUGUUACUGCUAAUCAACAAGAAGCAUGUCAAACAGUUGAUGAAAUGCUGAUAAAUAAAAAAUUUGGUUCAGCCAGUGAAAAUAUUAUUAUCGAAGAGCUCUUAGAAGGCGAAGAAGUAUCCGUAUUGGCAUUUACUGAUGGUACAAAUAUUAGUAUGAUGCCACCAGCUCAAGACCAUAAAAGAAUUUUCGAUGGUGAUUUGGGACCCAAUACUGGUGGAAUGGGAGCAUACAGUCCUUGCUAUUUAUUAGAUGACAUUGAUUACAAAAAAAGUGAAGAAAUCGUAGAAAAAACAGUCAAAGGAUUAAAACAAGAUGGAAUUUCAUACGUUGGUGUUUUGUACGUUGGCUUAAUGAUCACAAACUCUGGUUUAAAAGUUUUAGAAUAUAAUUGCCGUUUUGGGGAUCCGGAAACUCAAGUAAUUUUACCGCUUCUGAAUUCAGAUCUUUAUGAGAUUAUGAAAGCUUGUUGCGAAGGAUUAUUAUCUAGUCUAACCAUCAACUGGUUAGCUAACAAAUUUGCUGUUGGUGUAAUUUGCGCUUCUCGAGGAUACCCUGAAUCUGCAUCAAAGGGUCAAGUUAUUAAAGGAAUCGAGAACAUAGAAGUUUUGAAAGACCAUUAUAUAUUUCAUAGUGGAACAGGACUUUCCGAUCAAAAAGAAUUAUUAACUAAUGGUGGAAGAGUUUUAAUCGCAACUUGCCUAUCAUCAUCUCUCCAAGAAGCAGCAGCAAAAGCUACAAUAGCAGCUGAAAAAAUUUGUUUUGAUGGUAAGCAAUAUAGGAAAGAUAUUGCACACAAAGGAAUCGCUCGUACUAUUCUUAAAUUAGGACAAUUAUCAUAUAAAAACAGUGGUGUUGAUAUUGAAGCUGGAAACUCGCUAGUAACAAAAAUAAAAUCUUUAGCCAGUUUAACAAUGCGUAGUGGAGUACUUGGAUCUAUUGGCAGCUUUGGUGGACUUUUUGAUAUAAAAUCAGCUUCUUUUAAGGAUUCAAUCUUAGUUUCAGGUACUGAUGGUGUUGGAACUAAAUUAAAAAUAGCAAUAGAAUACAAAAAACACAAUACUAUUGGUAUAGAUUUAGUUGCCAUGUGUGUUAAUGAUAUUCUUGCUCAUGGAGCAGAACCAUUGUUUUUUUUGGAUUACUUAGCAUGUGGGCAUCUAAAUGUUGAAGUAGCGAAAGAAGUAAUUGCUGGUAUAGUUGAAGGUUGUAAACAAGCUGGAUGUGCUUUGAUUGGAGGAGAAACUGCGGAAAUGCCUGAUAUGUAUUCAUAUGAUGAUUAUGAUAUAGCUGGAUUUGCUGUUGGAGCUGUUGAGAGAUCUGAUUUAUUACCAAAAUCAUCAGAAAUUGUUUCUGGAGACAUAGUUAUUGGAUUACCAUCAAGUGGUAUUCACAGCAAUGGAUUUAGUAUGGUAAGAAAAAUUUUGAAAAUUACUGGGAAAAAUUUGAAUGAUAUUGCACCAUUUUCCUUAUAUUCUAAAACAAUUGGAGAGGAAUUAUUAGAACCCACAAAAAUUUAUUGUCGUGGUGUUCUUCCUGCAUUUAAAUCGAAAUUGAUAAAAGCCUUCGCUCAUAUAACAGGAGGUGGCUUAUUAGAAAAUAUUCCUCGAGUAUUAUCUAAUAAUUGUUCCAUCACUUUAAAUGCAGAAAACUGGAAAAUUCCUCCUGUUUUUGGAUGGUUGGCACUAUAUGGCGGAAUAAAUGAAACAGAAAUGUUGAAAACUUUUAAUUGUGGCAUUGGAGCCGUUAUUAUAUGUGCUGAAAAAGACAAAGAUAAAGUAAUGAAUUUACUACAUUUAGAAGAACCAGUUAUAAUUGGCCAUGUACAUGAGGCUAUUGAUCAACUAACAAAUUCUACAGUUUUUGUUAAAAAUUUUACUAAAUCUAUGGAGAAAAUUAUGAAACAACAUGUUUCUACAUUAGUUGAAAAUCUUUCAAAACCAAUCAAACGAGUAGGAGUUCUUAUAUCUGGCAGUGGUACGAAUUUACAAGCCUUGAUCGAUGCUACAAGAGAUCCAUAUCAACAUAUUGGAGCCGAAAUUGUUAUAGUAAUAUCUAAUAAAGAGAAUGCGGAAGGUUUAGCGAAAGCCAAAAAAGUUGGAAUACCCACAAAAGUAAUUAAACAUACCGAUUUUCAAUCUCGUGAGGAGUUUGAUACUGCCGUUGACACAGAAUUAAUCAGAUUUGGAGUGGAAAUAGUUUGCUUAGCAGGAUUUAUGAGAAUCUUAUCGGAAAAAUUUGUUCGAAAAUGGAAAGGAUCUUUGUUAAAUAUACAUCCCUCACUUUUACCAUCUUUUAAAGGAUCUAAUGCUCAUAAAGACGUUUUGACAGCAGGCGUGAGAGUAUCUGGGUGUACUGUUCAUUUUGUUGAUGUUGAAAUUGACUCUGGAGCAAUAAUUGAACAAGAAUGUGUGCCAGUAUUACCAAAUGAUACGAUACAAACUCUUCAAGAACGUGUUAAAAAUGCAGAACAUCGAACUUUCCCUAAAGCUCUUCAGUAUUUAGCUACUGGGAGAAUUCAAUUAAAUGCUGAUGGUACCCUUCAAUGGAAUUGGUGAAAUUUUUUUACUAUAUGGUUUCAACCGUUUCAAAUUUCUGUAAUAUAUUGGUUUUUAUUCAUUACACAUUCCUAAACUAAUAAUUAUCUAAUUUUUAAAAUAUUAUAAUUCUUAAAAUAUGUUGUUUAAAAUGAAAUUAUAUAUUUAUAAUAUUUUUAUUUUUAAGAGCAAAUAGAAUAGACCUAUACAGAUUUACAUAAAUCUA